AUGUGUCUGCGCAAUGGUGGCACCCUUGGAACGUUCCUUCAUAGGUUGAGAAUGGGAAGGGUUGGUCUCUUUAAUUGUGAGUGAGAAGCUAGACGAAACACACAUUGUGAAAAGUAAAAUUUUAUUUUAGUUACCAAUACUUACCAUGGAAGGUACCGGCUUGUGGACGUGGGUGCGGACGCAGCGGCAUGAAACGGCGCUGUUCGUGGCGGUGAGCGAUGGUCACAGGGCGGUGGUGGACGUGCUGCUCGCCGCGGGGGCGGACCCGGCCGCCGAGGACUACAGGGGCGCCAGCCCGCUCACCCAGGCCGCCGCCUAUGGGCGCGUGGACAUCAUCGAGAAGAUCGCCCGGGCAUGCCCCAGAGCGUUCCACACCAAAUCGGCGGCGCUGGGUCUGCGGCGCGCCGCGCUCAACGGCUGCAAGCCGGCGGUGCGUGCGAUGCUGGACGGGGGCGUGCCCGCCAACGCCCGGCCGCGCGGCCUGGCGCCCGCGCUGCUCGCCGCCGCAGUCUCCGACGUGGCGUGCGUGGCCGAGCUGCUGGCGUCGGGCGCCGACCACGAGGAGCGCGAUCGCGACGGGCUGACGGCGUUGCACUGGGCGGUGCGAGGCAACCACGAGCGGUCGGUGCGGCUGCUGCUGCUGUGCGGCGCGGACCGCAACGCCAAGGACAAGUUCGGGCGCGUGCCGGCCGACGAGGCGUGGACGGAGAGCAUGCGCGAGCUGCUGCGGCCGGUGGUGCGAGAGCCCUGCAGCAGGACGACAGAGGCGAAGACGCGGGCUGCGGCGUCGGGGGGCGGCAGGCGGCCUCGCCACACAGGCGAUGCGCCCUCAGCUAGCGCGCAAGGACUGCCGCCAAUCGAAUCGACGCGACUCGGCCAAGGACAGGAUUCUCUAAAUUUUAGAUUUUAAGCGGGAGUUUAAUUGAUAAAAUUGUUUAUCAUGUCAAAUGCGUGUGGUAAUAUUGCACACUAGCAGAUAUUAAAAUGUCUUAUUUCAAACAUUCUUAACAAGUAUCUUUAAUUUUUUUUACAGUAUUAGAAUACCCAUUUUAAGAUUGUCGUGAAAGUAAUGUCUUAAAUGUGCAUCUUGUAGGAAGCCGAUAGUGGUAUUGAAUUGUAGUAAUGAAGUGUUAAGACAUGUGUAUAGUGUGAAAGGAAACUCAAAGCAGGAGCGUUUUUGUGGAUAAAGAUUUUGGUUUGACAAUUACUUGGAGUAUGGCAUCGAAAAUUAGCAUGUAGUCUUAAAUCAUAAAUUUUCAGCUUCUUAAAAUUAUGUAGUAAUUUUUUUAGAAAUAUAUGCUUAUUCUUAUGAAACUAUUAGUUACAAUUUC